AUGUACAAGGUACCACCCACCAUGGAAAGUCAAGACAGCGACUCCGAAGGGGUCGACGCUUUGGAAGAUUUCAAAGCGAGAUUGCAGGCACCCUUGGUUGCCACGAAAAAUGGUGAAGAUACUACUAAAGAGGUUGAUGAUACAAAUGCUACCUUUGAAUCGCUAGGAGUUUGUAAAGAAUUGUGCAAAGCAUGCCACUCAAUAGGAUGGAAAGAACCAACACCCAUACAGGUCGCUGCCAUUCCACAUGCGCUCAGUGGGCGCGAUAUAAUAGGUCUGGCAGUCACUGGUUCUGGUAAAACUGGUGCAUUUACUAUACCAGUACUCCAUGACCUGCUUUGUGAUGUACAACGAUUGUAUUGCGUAGUGCUCGCGCCGAGCAGAGAGCUCUGCGAACAAAUAGCAGAGCAGUUUUCUGCCUUGGGAGAGGCCAUUGCGCUGCAGGUCUGUGUCAUUAUCGGUGGCAUGGACAUGGUAUACCAAGCGUCAGCAUUAGCGAAAAAACCGCAUGUUAUAGUCGCAUCGCCAGGAAGACUGGCAGAUCAUGUCGAAAACACAAAGGGGUUUUCGCUAGCAACUGUCAAAAAACUUGUCAUUGACGAAGCUGACCGAUUAUUAUCGCAGGACUUUGAUGAUGAGCUAGACAAAAUCAUACAUGUAAGUAUACAACCAGGACCUACAAAAGAUGUUCAGGCAAUACCGUCGGAAAGACAAACAUUCCUCUUUUCCGCAACCAUGACCAAGAAAUUGAGCAAAUUACAAAAAAUGGCGCUUAAAAACCCAGUAGCUGUUCACGUGGACGACAAAUACGCGACGGCGGAGCACCUUGAUCAGCGCUUUCUCCUGGUGCCGCAAAAACACAAAUGGACAUAUUUGGCCGCAUUGCUUUGGCACUAUUCUAACCGUACUGUCAUGGUGUUCUGUAAGACAUGUGACGGAGCACAGAGGUGUGCCGCUUACCUCAAGGGACUCAAGUUUGCAAGCGUAUGCCUACAUGGGAAAAUGUCGCAAGUCGAUAGGUCUAGGGCGCUACAGAUUUUCAAAACGGGAUCGGCAACUGUCCUGGUAGCUACCGAAGUAGGGGGGCGAGGCUUAGAUUUGCCAAUGGUCGAACUUGUGGUCAAUUUCGAUAUACCAGAAAGCUCUAAGGACUAUAUACACAGAGUCGGACGCACCGCACGGGCAGGGAGGUCCGGGUUGGCCCUCACAUUUGUCACGCAGUACGAUGUGGAGCUAUUCCAGCGCAUUGAAAUGGCACUAAACAAGAAACUAGAUGAAUUCACGGAACUGAGCGAAGACGUUGUUCUGGCGAAGCACAGCACAUGCGCAGAGGCACUUCGAAAGGUCGAAUCUGAAAAACUCAAAUACAAGAACCAGAAUCGAGCAGGUAAAAGAACAAGUAAAUUUCAGGCUAAGUAUGAUGCCGCAAAACGCAAGAGAUCAUGA